AUGAAAAUUGAAGGAAAAAAUGUAUUUAUAACUGGAGCUGCUCAGGGAUUGGGUGAGGGCAUCUCGGAGGCUUUGUUGGAGCGUGGAGCAAGGGUUUGUAUAGCUGAUAUCAAUACAGAAAAGGGAGAACAAACGGUUAAACGAUUUCAAGAAAAAUAUGGCCAAGAAAAAGCCAUCUUCUUAAAAGUGGAUGUCACUAAAGCAGAUGAAUUUGAAAGUGUAUUUAAAGAUGCGGUGUCUCGAUUUGGUCAGAUUGAUAUCAUGAUGAAUAAUGCCGGUAUAAUGGAUGAGAGUCGAUGGGAAUUGAUGAUAUCAUUGAACGUUAUGACACUUGUAAGAGGAACCAAUCUAGCCAUAGAACACAUGGACAAGUUAAAGGGUGGUAAAGGUGGACUGAUCGUUAAUACUGCCUCUGUUGCUGGUUUUGGUCCAGGAUUUUGGUUUCCAGUGUAUGGUGGAACUAAACAUGCUGUAAUAGGAUUUACAACCAGUUGGGCGGUACGUACACAUGAUACCAAUAUAAUUAAGCUAUUCAUUUUAUAUCAGUUCCAAUGUUCAAAACAUCAAACUCUGAUUGAAAUGCAGUACAAAUUUUGCACAGGGAUAUGA